AUGUGCGUUAAGCUCAACCGCAUCUACUCUACCAUGGUCGACCUCCACGCGCACCAGAACCCCCAACACGAUGCUAGCAAGGAAAUUUCCCUCUCCGAGGGGAACUUGAAUGAGGCCCGGUUCGACACCCCACUGAUCCUCUGCCAGGACUUUUUGAGCCUGCGAGGCUGCGCACACGGUAGUGGCUGCGAGAAGGUCCACGUCGCCGGCAUGGAGUACAUGUGGUGCCCGAUAGAGCCCUCCACCCUGGUGAAGGAUGGGAAGGAGAUGUACAAACCUGGUUUCAGAAUUCACUGUUAUGAUUCUGUCUUAACCACGUACUAUGACAUCCCAUCUGAGAUCAUCGAGGUGACUCGGGGCAGCGAAACCUACGUGGAGAUGUUUAACGAACACAGGGAUAACUUUAAGACAAAGAUAAAGAUCUGUCCCUGUGUGUUAUGUGACGAUAUAUGCAAAAAAGGGAAGGAGUGUCUUAAUAUUCACUGCUCCCGCAAGGAUUUCUGCGAAGUCCAGGAAAAAAAUACAAGAUCCACUCAUAUUAACCAUGCACCCCAGAUGAAGGAUGUGCCGCGACUUCCCGCCGACAUGAUCGUGCGCGUUUUUGAUCAGAACAGUUAUAAAAACUACCACGACUACCCGGGAACUAACGUGCUUAUCACUGAAGGAGCGAAGAACUACAUAAAGUACUGCGAGCGGAAGAUGAAUAACAUCCCUUUCUCUAAGAGAAUGCAGCACUGCGCGCAUUUUAGGCUGAAGGAGAUGUGCCGUCUAGGGGCCUCCUGUCGUUUUCUUCACGUCUUACCAACGCCAGAGGAGAUCCAAGAAAUGCGAGAUCAGGAAACCCUCGUAAUUGCACUGAAAGAACAUGGUGAUCAAGGACAAGUUCAUUACCUGUAA